AUGGGUGCUUAUUUUCAGGACUAUAUGUCUAUAUUCAUAUGUAACUCACAGAUUAAAGCAUUAGGUGUGUUAGAAUUAGCACAGCAUUGCAGAUUAUUUAGGCUACUAAUGAGCUUGACCAAUAUAUUAAUACAAAUAAUGAAUAUUCUUAAAAUUGCCAACCCCGCUAAAUGUUCUGAACAAGAUGAUGAAUCUACAAAAUCUGAUGAAGGAACCAUUGCUGAUAGUUUAAUGCAAAAUGAAGAUCAAAGAUUAUCGUUAAAGAAAUAUCAGUCAGAAAUUGAUUUUACACAAGAUGAAGAUCAAAGACUAUUAUUAAAGAAAUGUCAGUCAAAAAUUGAUUCUACGCAAGAUGAGAUCAAAAAUUAUCAUUAA